AUGAAGUCCGAGGUUCGAUCUUACGAGCUCAGGUUCAAGAAGAAGUUCAAGAACAAGGUUCUUGAAUCUUACUUACCGUUUGUUGUGAAAGAAGCUGCUUUGCUGAAACAAAAGAUGAAGACAUUGAAGAUCUUCAGUCUUGAUUGUUACUCCGUGCAGUGGAACUCUGUGACUCUCGACCAUCCUUGCUAUGGAUCCCGAGGCGAAGAAAGACUUGAUAGAGGAUCUUGA